GUGGAUUUAUGGCUGGUAUCCGAGUUGUUGCGGGACUGUCUUCGCCGUCCGUUUUCUCUGAACUCCCUCAAUGGUUGGUUUGGUUCUUUUGUAUUUCACUUAUCUGGGGAUUCCUAAAGUACUCGGGGCGAUUGUUAAUAACGUCACUGUUAUGCAGAAUACGUGGUUGAGUAAUGCUCUGGGGCAGUCGCCGUGUUUAGUAUUUGCGGAGCUGAUGGGGCAAUGUUUUUCCGGAGAUUUUGCUAUCACCCCCGAUGGCACUGGCGGGCUGAUGUUCAUAAUUCCAGGUUCCGGCAAUCUGGACAUUCCUUGUUACUGUUCAACUGUACAAUACUAUCUUUUAUCGGCCUGUUAUUCCUGCGCUGGUCACAGGAGCUCCACUUGGGCCCAGUAUAUUCAGGAGUGCGACACUGUAACACCGGUCAUCGGACGGACUGGAUAUCCUAUCCUUCCUUCAGGAGUUCUUAUACCUUCAUACGCUAUGAUCCAGUCCACGCAGGACUUUGACCUUAUGCUUGCCGAUCAGAUUGGAUUAGACGGUCUUCCGGAUACUGAUGGGACCUCGACCGUCCCUGUUUUCGUGAGCGGAACUGCUAUCGGAGCGAUCGUAAACGCAGCCGGUGGCGGUGGGUACUCUACAUCCUGGGUGACGACCCAGACGAUAAUCGCUUCCACUCCAACAAGAGGUACGUCUUCACGCACGACAUCAGGAACGAUGAACACCGGCCCUGGGCUUGUAGUUCCAUCGAAUACAGGUUCGAGCCAACAAUCUACCUCUCGACCUUCCUCUGCUUCAUCAACCUCUUCAUCCCAAGCAGCGCCCAGCAGUGCUGUUGACACCGCCGCCAGCUCUAGUAUGAGUGGAGCGCGAUUAGGAGCGAUCAUAGGCGGCGCCGUCGGCGGGUGCAUCUGUCUUCUCGCACUCAUAGCCACAGUCAUCCUUCUCUGCCGACGGCGAAAUCGGCAAUCCCAGUACCGAGUCUCCCUUACAUCGGCCCGGGGGGGCGUCUUCUCCCCACCCCCUCCCUCACCCGCUCCCUGGUUUCCCCCCAUGCCCACACCCGCCCCUUCCUCGAUGGCAGAGAUCGACGUCCACGCCGCCAAUUCCCACUCGACGCUCUACCACCUCGGGCCCGAAGCGGUGCCUUACGCAAGCCCGAUCCGGUCGAGCGAGCCUAUCUCGGGCCAUGCGCAUACGGAAUGGGACGAGAAACGUACGACGCUGGUGGACGAGGAGCGUUCUGGGGAGAAAUGGGUACCAAGCGCAUAUGGGUAUUGUUGUCCUGAAAAAUGGGGCCCGUUGCCCCUGUAUCACGGGAGUCAGUCGUCGGUGAGUUCGAGCGCCUCGGGCGAGAAAAGGUGA